AUGGCGGAAGAAAACGGGGUAUCAGAACACGAUGACACUAUUUUGGUAUCUACUACCCAUCUGGGGAAACGCAAGCGCACGGUUUCUCCAGAUGCUUCGACAUCGCCUGCAAAGGUCAAAGAUUCACCUCUACAGAUGUCUCUACAAGAUGUUCUGCGAACUCUCCGCAAACAUGACUCUACGCCCUCGUUGCUCAAGUACCCGCUACCUUUGGCGGCUGAAGCUCAUGAUCCAAAAAGAGCGCGCCUCACGAAUAGCGAAUCUCCAACCGACACAAUCGAGGGCCGAAUAGUUGCAGGAACAUACUCCUCCUUUCGUGCGCUCAUGGAGGAUCUGAAUACUGUUAAAGAUGCCAUCAUCAAAGAUCUCUCUGAAGUAACUACGAAUGGGGAGGGUCAUUCCUCCAGCCCAUCUAAAUCAGAGAUACAGGACAGGCUAUCCAACAUCUUGAAUCUCAUACCUAUACUCGAUGCUGAAGUAUCCAGGGGCUCCGAUGCCGCUGUUUCAAACGAUGAGGGAGAUGAUUUGACCAAGGCCAGCCUUCCUGGUUACCGUCCCCGGCAUAUCUUAUCCCUUCGAAGCCAGGUGAAUGGAAGCACUCAUUUACUAUACUCUGGACUCGAGACCGGUCAGCCUGUCGAAGAGGAUGGCAGCAAUGCGACACCUGAGACCGAGGGAGUGAACUUGCCUAAUGGGUUUGAGUUGACUGAUUUCGCAGCCUUGGGAGGAGAUGGGGAAAAACAGAGUCAGGAAAAGCGACUUUUUGGCACCGCCUUCCGCCCUUCGGGUCGAUUAAAGCCCCUAGAUCUCCCACGACCAUCUAAGAACACCGUCAGGGGAAACACCUUGGAUUUUAUCCCCUACUUGUCUCAAAUUGAAAACAAUGCUCAGUUCAAGCACGAUUACAGGUUCACCAAACUACCUACAGGGUCAUGGCUGAGUUAUGGAGACAGUGGCAUCACUGGAGAGCAGAAUCGGAAACGCUCGCGCCAACUAUCUGCGGCCAAUGACUUCAAAGCAGCGCUUGAGGCAAACGACCUACAACAUAGAAAUCACAUCAGUAUCGAUGCGCUCUACAGCUCGGUUUAUUCAUCGUUUGCACCAAGCACCGAUAACUCAGCUUCCGUAUUCUCGGAGCAAGACCGAGGUCGGCAAUGGUUCCGCAAAUACGGCGAACAAAAGCUGUCCAGGAUCUUCAGAGUCCGCGAAUCAGAGGCUGGUGCUGAAGAGACAGUCGUCCAAGAAGAAGAAAAUGAUGACAGCUUGGAAGAAGUCGUCGCCAAUUUCGAACCAGAUAAGGAAGAAGCAGCUUUCAGCGCUCAAAAUGAACCUGAAGAUGUGGACGACCUUCUGCAGCAGGUAUCAGAUCUGAUUCAGACCCUGAGUUCAUAUCAAAGGAACCGCAGCCUCGAACCGAUUGUCUCAGGGAGCGUCCCCAAACCAACUGAGCCCGAGAUCGAUAUUUUCGAAAUGCUGAGAAUGCAAUUGAGUAUCCUAGUUUCGUCAUUACCACCAUUCGCUGUCGCAAAACUCAAUGGAGAUCAACUUGAAGCUUUGAAUAUUUCGACCAGGGUACUUGUCGAGCCACCGGAUUACCCGGGAACCGGUCAGGUGGACGAUUAUACAUUCCAACGUCAGAAAAUAUCCCAGCAAGCCACCUCAGCUGUCACUCGCACCACAACAACUCCCCAGCUUCGGCCCAACUAUGGACAAGCUGCUGUCAAUACGGGUGUCUACAAUUCACAAGUCCGAACCUACAACUCAGUGCCAGCGACGGCUGCGUUUGGUAUGAGAGCACCCUACCAAACACCAACUGUGGCACGACCCGCCUACCCACAAACCUCCUACCAACCGUCCACCAAUCCAUAUGGAUCUCGUCCUACCAUACAACAGUUUCAGCGGCCAGCACAAAAUAGCUAUGGGAAUUAUGGUGGCACACCUGCGCAGGCACAAACUCCUGGCUAUGUUCAACGGCCAGGCCAACCGGGCUACCAGCAACGCCCCCAUGACAAUGCUAUCGCCAGUGUACCACGAUCAGCCUCGCCACAGAAGCCGAUCGGAAAUGGACAACUCUAUCCAUCCAGGCAACACCCUACCCAGCAGGCUCAGACGCUUUACUCGUAUCAGAAGCAAGGUUCUAGCACCCCGGGGACACCUGGAGGUGUGGCGCCGGUGGGUACCGGAUACGGACGAUACGAUGGGAGUGCAGCUCAGCCCAGGGUUGGGGGAGGGACACCAGGCCCGGCUCAGGCGCAGGCGCAGGCUCAGAUUGUGGAGGUUUCUCGAUGA